AUGGUGCCCACACAACAUAGCGCACAUGACACCAAAGCGGUUUUUAACUCCAAGGAAGAAGAGCUGUUUUACUUAUUCAAAAAUCCAAGGACGGCUCAGUGUCAUAGAAGAAGGGUGAAAAUUAAAUGCUUGGACCAGCUGAUCCACGGCUUUUUGCGUGACGAAAGGGGCAUUUUCGAGAAAUACAGACCGUGCGAGUUGGAUUGCAAAAAUGCGGAGGAUUCCGCGGCGGAUGGCGCAGCUGGUGAACCAAACAAGGCCAAUCCAGCGGACGAACCGAACGAAAACGCGGGCGCCCCAAAGAACAAGGAACCGCCCUCCAUUCGCAUAAAUGACCAAUACAACGACCUCCUAUUCUUGUCGAGGAAAGACGUGGGCAGCCAGAGCUUCCAUUUGAAAAAAAUCCAAAAGGAAUGCACCAAAGUGUGCAACAGCUUAAAAUUUUACAAGGCAGAAAAUCAUGACACGCAUAAAUUUAGGCCAUCAAAUAUAGACACAGACAUUAUAAAAAUAAAACACGAUUUGGAAGUACUCCAAUAUAGCGAUCACACAAUUUCCCCCGGGAACGAUGCCGAAAAAACGGCCCUACGAAUGGUACAGGAAAAAUGUAAAAAAAUUGUCCAAGGACUAAAUUGUAAUUGCGAUUCGGUAGAUGUAGCUGAAGUCAUCCAUAUCCUAAAUGUCAUUACCACUCCAGAUUUUGAUGAAAGGCUAGACAAAUGCAAGUACUUGAAAUUAUUUUUAAAUAAAUAUCAUUAUGUGUAUCCUUAUGAGGACAUUUCUCGGUUGAGAAAAAUUAGGAAGUAUAUCAGAACGAAGCAUUUGACACGAGGAGACUUCUACAUCGACCACAAUGACAUUUCCAAAUUUUACUUAAGAACCAACUUGGAGAAAAUUAUCAAAAAUGAGCAAUUCAUAAAUAAUAUGCUAAAUUUGCACAUAGACAAUGGGAAGUUUUGGGUUCAGCUUGUGCACAACAUAUGGAUUCCUCUCGCCAUGGAAAUCUUCAACAACACGCGUAAUUCGUUUUAUUUCUACCUAAUGAAUUACGACAGUGAUGCGUCUGUGCUGGAUCAGUAUGUCUAUUCGCGUGCGAACGGGAAAUUCUACAAGUUCAGUCACUACAUUUUUACGGGCGCCCUGUUCAGCGGAGUCCCCAGCAUCUACCGACUGCUCAUGCGCCUCCACGCGUACAAGUACAGCGAAGUGCGAAUCAACAUGACUCUGGAAAAGAACAGCCACAACAUUUACAACGACGUGGUCAUAUCUAGCCUGAACUACCACAUUGACGUGAUAAGAAAUCUGUUCCCCUUCUUCAAGGAGUACAAAAAUAUCGACAUGGAGAAAAUUGUCGAGAGCUUCUUCGACUCGGCCUUUUUCAACCUAAUCAUGAAUUCGUUAAGAAAAGAAAACAUCGAAAAGGUGACGAUCACCCAAAAGUACUUAACUUUUAUCAACUCAUUUUUCUUAAUGAUAACAGAAUUCCUAUACGGAGUAUCCAACAAAAACUGCCUGGAAAAAAUAAACCAAAAUCAGAUCAAACUCCUAGACAUAUUGAAUGAAAUUUUCUAUGACGACAUGAACAUCCUCAUAGGGAGAGACGCUUUGUUAUUCGUCGCAGAUUUGUUGUGUCUAUACAAACUAAGAUCAAUUUAUAUAAAAAAAAAAUAUUGCGAGCAUAUUCUACACAUGGCGAAAAUUAUGAAAAAUCUGUAUUACCAUAAAGGCUCUCUAACAAAUGAGAAUACAUGGAAGCAGGUAUACGUAAUAGCUGUCAAAAUUCAUCAUUUUGUUUCUUGUGCACUGCAAAGAGAACAAACAGUAAGCGAUAACAUUAUGUUGCAAGAAUUGACAAUCGUGAACAGAUACUACUUCAAUAAUUUAAAACAAGAAAAUUCGAUAGGAGAAUUUUACUUUUUAAAAAAUAUAAAUUAUGGCAUUUACUGCUGGAAUUCUGUAUGCAAUAAAUAUCUUAAUGUUCACGACUUUGAGCAUAACAGAAAUAAUUUUGAUUAUUGCCCUGGUUGUUACAUUGCUACUUACUGCUCACAAAGAUGUAAGUUAACUCACUUAAUUUCGUCACACCAUAAUGUCUGCGUUUAUUUUAAGACUAUUCCUUCCUUCCUCAAGUUUAACCACCUCGAAGAUGACCCUGCCUUCGACCAAAUGAAGUACUUAAACAUCUUUCAGCACAUUGACACUUUCGACCGGGGGAAUGACACAUACCAGAUUAUCUACUGA